GCAUGAAGUGAAACGGAAUGACCUCAUACAUUCUCCAUGCGUGCAACGAAACGCACCCUAAUAUUUCAGUGGAAGCGCUAGUAUAUAACAGAGGAUUCAACGGUUCUAUGAAAAAGACCGAGAUGGCCAUUUUUAGAUUUCUCUGAUGAUACGUAGUUUAGAUAUAUAUUUAGAGUUGAUGAUAAGUGUACACACAUGUUAGUGGAAAGACAGUUACUUCGAUAGGUACAACGUAAGUGGUGGAAAGAGUAACAAGUUACUCUAAGUAAGAGUGCAAGGUUGAAAAAUUAGAAAAAUGGAGAUAGAUGAAUGUUCAGCUGGUGGAGACAGUUCAGCUGGUGGAGCAGAAGAAGAUGAAGAAGAAGCUUCAAUGCAUGAUACUAGAACUGAUAGUAGCAGUAGUAGUAUGAGUGGUAGUAGUACAACAACGGAUAGCGAGCAAGAUAGUGCAGAAGAUCAUGCUACAAGCAGUAGUGAAACUCAUAGUUCUCCAGAGGAAGAUGAAGAUGAAAAUGAAAAUACAGAAUACAUGGUAAACAUUGAAAAUCCUGAUGCUUUGAGAUGGGAAACUUGUGUCGCCGCUAAUAUUAAAGUAAAAUUACCACAAGAUCUUUGUGAACACUUCAGUAUUUUCAAGGAAAUGUUAGAUUAUCCUCGUUUUUGGAAUGAAUGGCUUACUGAAAGUCAACGAGAAACAUUAUAUAAUCUUUUACCAACAUUUCCAAAAGAUUCCAAUAUAGAAGCACAAAUGGAGAAAUCUCUAGAAAUGCUAUUUAACAGAGAAAACGAAAGAUUUGGUGUAACGACAUUGGAUGCGUUUCAUCAUCAUCUUUCCUCUGGUCAUUAUCGUCCUGAUAUUAAAAAAAUACGUGGUUUAGUUUGCAAAGCACAAAAAAGAAGAUUAUUGUUUGAGGAACAGAAACGAUCGUACGAAUUAGCAAAUCAAUUACUUAAGUCACGAGAAAGUUUAUUAUCAAAUGCAUAUAAACAAGGUUUCAAUCAACCGGUAAACCGAACAGUAUCUAAACUUCAUUGGCGCAAACCAAAGCCAAUAAUGGUUGAAGAAAAGACUCAGCUGCGUUAUAUAGAAGAACUAAAUGCAGUCAAGGCAGAACUUGGAGCUAACACAAGACUAUCUGCUGAUACGACAUCCGAAAAUGAAGAGAAUUAUCCUCAUUAUCAAAUGAUUGGAGUUAAAAAGAGAAAACGGCGUUUUGUUACAAAUUUUCAAGGAUUGUUAGUUAAAGGCCUACAACUCAAUCAUGAGGAUAAUACAAUCCGACCUGUAUUUUCCACUUUACAACGAUUGGAAUACGCUUCCAGCAAAUCAUUAUUUGUACAUGAACAAACAGAAGAGACUUACCGUGCUAUGUUGAUUGCACAUAAAAAACGGCGAGCUCGUCGUGACCUUCAUCCGGAAUUGAAUACUCAAGGAAUUGCACUUGCUGAUCUCACACAAAGAUCACAGAUUGGUCAAAAACAAAAACUCUCAAUUGGUAAUUCUAUGAAAAUUACAUCCAUGAAAAAAAUCAAAUUAGAACAAAAUUUAUUAUGUUCGCCUGCGACAAAACUAACAAGCUCCAAUUCGGUGAAACAUGAAAGCGAUAACAGUGAUUAUUCUCAUAUAACGGAAGAUAAUAGACAACAGUGUAGAGACAAGUGUAUAGUGGAUAUAGAUUACAAUAAAAUAACACCUACAAAAUCGGAACCUGUUGAAGCAUAUGAAGCACAUCAAGUAGCUAAAAAGAAAAUUAGCAAAUCAAUAGUAAUCAAUACAUCAGAGAUAAAAAAGGAAGUUGAAGAUAUAGAAUAUGACAAAAUUAAAACCAAAUUAAGUUUAAGUAUAAACGAGGAUAUGUUGGCUGAAACUGAAGAGGAAGAAGAAAAUGAAUCUAAAAAAGAGCUUGAUUUAGAUAAUAUUGAUAUGAUGCAGUUACCAAUUCAACUUGAUGAUGGGAUUGAUAUACUGGACGAUGUUAAAUGUGAAGAUGAAGGAGUUAUACCAACAUCUGAAAAAUUAAUUGUACAGUCUAGUGAAGGUACUAUAGAUGUGAACAAUGGAGCAGAAUUAAUGCAAGAGACGCAUACAUGCUUUUUCUCUCUGUUACGAGAUGCUUUUACUUCUAAGGGAGAAUACCGAAUGAGUGCAAUAGAAAUGAAAGAAGCAAUAACACAGUGGCAAGGCAAUCCUAUUUCACCAUUGAAUGAUUGGUAUUCUUUAGUACCUUCAUGGUCUACUUUAGUACCAUUAGCUCUAGGAUUUCUUGCAGGCGAAUUAAUGUAUUCUCAGGAUUUGGAUCAACGACAAGAACGAGAUCAGGAACUUGUACCUUAUCUGGAAAAUAAAGGUCGAGGCGUAUACGCAUGGAUUGGUGCUGGAAGAGACUCUGAUACCCGACUGCAGGAUCUAUGUACAAAAUUCCUUAUGUACAAAGACAUGUUGGCACCGCCGCAUACUUCAACUACCAAUACUGUAACAGCUAUAAAACCACAAUCUCAACUUUCCUCUUUGAAUAAUAAUGGUACAAGUAGUAACACAAUUGUUAUGAGUGGAAUCUUGCAAAGUAAUAGAAGCGGAAGUCCUAUACUAGAAGCUAACAAUAUAGAUGCUAGUGCUGCUGGAACUGAUUGGGAACCACCUCGACCACUAUUCCCUACAGAAUGGAAAAUUCGCCCAUCCACAAUAGAAGAACGUGAAGAAUUCAGAAAACAAGAACGUAUGCGUUAUGCUGCACCUCAUAAGGCGUUUACUUAUCGUAUGCAUGGCUAUGCAUCCGUAGUCGGUCCCGUUAAAGGAAUUUACCAGCAUAAUGUUGCUUCAGGACAAGCUAAAGCACGAGGACAUUCAUUGUUGGUGCCAGAUCGUCCAAACUUCGUAACAAUUUUAGCAUUAGUUAGAGAUGCUACUGCCCGACUUCCUAAUGGUGAAGGGACUCGAGCUGAUAUUUGUCAAUUGUUGAAGGAUUCGCAAUAUAUUAUAGAACAAGAUAAUGAUGAAAAAGAAGGAUAUCUUCAUUCUGUAGUAUCAGGAGCGCUUGAUAGACUACAUUACGAGACAGAUCCUUGUGUUAGAUAUUAUCCUCGUCGAAAAGAAUGGCUUUAUCUUCAUCGAGGACGAUCUGAAUCUGAAUUUGAAAUGGUUCAUCAACAAUUGCAAGGUAUCGCGAAGAAUAAAAAAAGCGUUGGCAAUACGUCGCGAAAUAAAGUAGUACAACCAAUUCUCAAAUCAACCAAUAUAAAUAAGGAACAGUCUUUAAAUACUAAAGAAGUUAUUCUCAAAAAAGAAAGGCGAAUGGCAACUAUGCCCGCGCAAUCUGUUGUUCCCAAAAAAGAGCAGCGUAAAAUUGAAGAAAAAAUUAUCAAUGAGCAUCCUAUUGUCACUGAACAUUCCGUUAAUACUAAUGUAGAAAUGGCCAUUAGUACAAUAACGCCAACCAUUUCUACCACUGAAAUUCCUGUUUCUGUUGCAUCAAUUGUGACUUCUUCGGCUAUAGUCACAAACGUAGUAAGCACAGAACGAGAUAACAUUGCAAUAGAUACGAAAUCGCAACUCGCUCCAAUAACGAUGGUGAAAAAGGCAUCUACUAUUGGAGGAAAACCAAUUGCUGUACUCAAAACAAAUGCUGCUCAAAGUCUAUUGCAAUCAAAUCAACACAAUUUUCCCCAUCACCAAAUUCAAGUAUCAACAUCUGCUGGUCUACAAACCAUUCGUUUGUCUGGACAUUCUGUAUUGCAAUCUGCACAGCAGUCUAUUUCAGCUAACAAUAAUUCAAAUGUAAUAAAUGGAACUACAACAAAUUUAACAACGAUAUUACCAUCUACAAAAAUACAAAAUCAGCAACAAUCAACUACAAUAACUAAUCAAGCAGGAAAAAGUAUUUUACAAACGACUAAUAUAAAACAGCAAUCGCAACAACAAUCACAACAACAUGUAUUGCCAAGCAAAACUCUCUUAGCAUCACAAAUUAAAUUAGUUAGUUCUAAUCAAAUUAAAUCAUUACUCACAAGUCAUGGUCUUCAAGGUCAAACUAUAUUUAUCAAACAAUCCUCGACACCUAGCAAUCAAUCACAACAGCAAUUACAACAACAGCAGCAGCAACAACAACAACAACAACAACAACAACUAAAGCAGCAACAACUUCAACAACAACGAGUUGCAUCUAGCCAACAACAAUCUGUACAACAAAAUCCGGGAAUGCAACGCAUAAUUGCACAAAUUGGAGGAAAACCGAUUGCUGUCCAAAUACAACAAUCGCCUCAUCAUCAUCAACAGCAACAACAAAAAAUAUUAGCAAAAGUUUUAACAAACAGUAGUGGAGGACAGAUUAUAUCUGUUGAAAGUCUGCUUGCUCAGAAAGGAUUGAAACUAGCUACUGGUCAUACUAAUCAGCUUAAUAGAGGCAAGCAAGUCAUACAGGCACAAUAUCAAGUGGUGCCACAAGCGCAAACGUCUUCUAGUCAAUCUAAGGUAAUAGCAGUCAGUACACAACAUCAGCAAUCUCAACCACAACAGACUGUCCGGAUGGUCACCGCUCAACUUGCAGGAAAACCUAUUGUAUUAGCGAGUAGUAAUAAAAAUGUUGGAGUUGCGGUAAACACCAGUGGUGGAAAUGUAGUAUUGGGCAAACAGCCAACCUCACAACAACAACAACAAACACAACAACCAAUUAUUUUGCCGAGUCAAUUGCUUAAUAUCAAAACAUUGCAUGGGCUCAAAGUAAUUCCCACUCCAACCGGAUUGAAAACUGCGGGUGGUACCGUAUAUGCUCGUGUAAUUACUCCUACGACAAUAGCUUCUACACAGGCUACAUCUAAUCAGCAGACUCUUCAAACGCAAUCACCAAGGAGUACUUCAUAUGGCGCACCCUAAUAGAAUUGAUAUUAUUUAUAUAUAUAUAUCGAUAUUUAAUAUACUUGACGUCAUCUCUUUGAUUAUUUGUUAAAUUAUAAAUUUAAAUUGUUUAAAGCAAUGUCUUGUUAUACACACAUACGGAUACAUACACACAUACACACACGAGACGUUUGCUUUUUUAAUAUAAUGUAAUGUAUAUGUGCUUACAUGUAUAUAUACGUAUCAUACAAAUAUAAUACAAUAA